ACGGGCUUAGGGGUAGUUCUGGUGAUUGUCAUAAGCCGAGCGACGGUUUAUCGGUCAGUCUUUUCCCUGGCAUUGGUGUAAUCCCUCGACCCUACUAGGUCUAAAGAGGCGAUGUCUCUACGCGGCGGGGACGCUGCUCGCACCCUGGGGCUCCGGGUAUUUGGAAGAUAUUUAUACAGUCCAAUCAGGUCAUUAAGUUCCUUGCCAGAUAAAAAAAAAGAAUUUUUACAGAAUGGACCAGAUCUUCAAGAUUUUGUGUCUGGGGAUCUUGCAGACAAGAGCACCUGGGAGGAAUAUAAAGGAAACUUAAAACGCCAGAAAGGAGAAAGGUUAAGACUACCUCCAUGGCUAAAGACAGAGAUUCCCAUGGGGAAAAAUUACAAUAAACUGAAAAAUACUUUGCGAAAUUUAAAUCUCCAUACAGUAUGUGAGGAAGCUCGAUGUCCCAAUAUUGGAGAGUGUUGGGGAGGUGGAGAAUAUGCCACUGCCACAGCCACAAUCAUGUUAAUGGGUGACACGUGUACAAGAGGUUGCAGAUUUUGUUCAGUUAAGACUGCAAGAAAUCCACCUCCCCUGGAUACCAGUGAGCCCUACAAUACUGCAAAGGCAAUUGCAGAGUGGGGUCUGGAUUAUGUUGUGCUGACAUCUGUGGAUCGAGAUGAUAUACCUGAUGGGGGAGCUGAGCACAUUGCAAAGACUGUAUCAUACCUUAAGGAAAGGAAUCCAAAAAUUCUUGUGGAAUGCCUCACCCCUGAUUUCCGAGGAGAUCUUAAAGCAAUAGAAAAAGUUGCACUGUCAGGAUUAGAUGUGUAUGCACAUAAUGUAGAAACAGUUCCAGAAUUACAGAGGAAAGUUCGUGAUCCCAGGGCCAAUUUUGACCAGUCUCUACGUGUACUGAAACAUGCCAAGGAGGUUCAGCCUGAUCUUAUUUCUAAAACAUCAAUAAUGUUGGGUUUAGGUGAGAAUGAUGAGCAAGUAUAUGCAACAAUGAAAGCGCUCCGUGAAGCAGAUGUAGACUGUUUAACUUUAGGACAAUAUAUGCAGCCAACGAAGCGCCACCUUAAGGUUGAAGAAUAUAUUACUCCUGAAAAGUUUAAAUACUGGGAAAAAAUAGGAAAUGAACUUGGAUUUCAUUAUACUGCAAGUGGUCCUUUGGUGCGUUCUUCAUAUAAAGCAGGUGAAUUUUUCCUGAAAAAUCUAGUGGCUAAAAGAAAAACAAAAGCCCUCUAAAACUUGGACAAGACCUUCAAGAUCACAGAAAUUUUAUUUUAUUUUUUAUGGUGCUGGGAAUUGAUUCCAGGGCCUUGUGUAUGCAAGGCAAGCACAUACAAACUGAGUUAUAUCCCCAGCCCUCGAUCACAGAAAUUUUAAAAAUAUAUUUCCAGUUGGAUCCUAAGUGGUGCCAGAAUGCUUAAACUUCAGCGGAUGCACCUUGAUUUUUUUUUUUUGGUACUGGGGAUUGAACUCAGGGAAACUCAACCACUGAGCUACAUCCCCAGCCCUAUUUUGUAUUUUAUUUAGAGACAGGGCCUCACUGAGUUGCUUAGUGCCUCAGCUAAAUUGCUGAGGCUGGCUUUGAACUCACAAUCCUACUGUCUCAGCCUUUCAAGCUGCAGGGAUUACAGGCGAACUUUGACUUUUUUCUGUUUCAAGAGAAAUGUUAGCAAUCUGUAUGUAUUUAAUUAUGAUAAUUCAUUUGGUUUUUAGCAUACUUUCUUUAUCUUAAUAAUUUCCUGCUAAAUGUAAUCAAAGCAUUCUUGAAAGGGUUUGCUGCUAACCUUGUAACUUAAAAAUAUAUUAAAAACUUUCAAUAGAUAUUUUUAAGUCAUUGAUAGCCUAUAUGUCAUUGUUGCACUUCAUUAUGAAGAAUGAAUACAUAAAAUUUCAUUUAUGGUACUGUAAUGAAACAGUAAACAUAGAUUGAGACUGUGGUUAAUUUACUUAUGAAUAGCAUAUGACCUUUACCUAAUAUAAUAUAAAUAAUAAUCUAGCACCAGUGGAAUAACUUAGGAAAGCUUUAGAGUUUGAAUGUUUCACCUUGAUAUGGAUAAUUCAGACCCUGUAAAAUAGUUAUGUACUGACAACUUGUUUAAUACCUGUAUGACACUAAGACCGUUUUUGUCAGAGACAAAGAAAUUUAAUCUAAGAAAUAUUGACCCUUAUUAUGUAUAGUAACUUGCUACAUCUGCAUGUACUGUUGUAUUUAUUCCUCAUACUACUUUGAUGAAGUGCUUGUAUUAAAUAAUAGUAAUGAUCUGAAGAAAGAAUUCUUUCCAAAAUACUAAUAUAUAAUUCAUCAUUGGACUGCU